UUGAAGAGGAUUAGAAAUGUAACCUAAUGCUGGCUGGAGGCCUCUGCAGCACCAAUGGCUUUCAUUUUCAUGCAUUUUUCAUAUUAAGAUUCAUAAUGAAAGUAAAACUGUACCAAAAGAGCUUCUCUUGGAUUUUAAUUCAUGUGAAAUAUUGGUCUCCUGCAGGAUUAUGCUUCAUGGUUGAGGACAAUUCACUACGCAAAUGAUCAUGCAAAUUUGCUUUAUCAAAUAAAAUUGAACUAUGGAUAGGCUCCAACUAUGACAUCUCUAAUGUGACACCUAAUGGGCUUCAGUGCACACCAACCUUCCUGAGCCGUAGCCCUGAGAUGCGACGGCAGCUCUGUGCCUUCUACAAUUUUCCACCAGAAUGGGCCAGCCGAGGACUCCAGACCAGGGAUCGAUGUUCAUUUUAUCCCCAUCACUAUGGCCAUCUCUCCUCCUGUUCUACUUGGCACUUCUGGGCCUCUGUAAUUUUUUUGUGCCUCCUUUAUCCUGUGUCUAGUGCUGCUGCUAUCUUUCGAGUAGGGGUUGUUGGGCCAUGGUCCUGUGACCUACUCUUAGCCAAAGCUUAUCCCAGUGCAGCAGCACGGCUAGCUGUAAGUCGUAUCAACCAGGACCCAUUCCUCUAUUCUGGGGUCACUUUUGAUUAUGUCAUCCUGGAUGAGGAUUGUGAGACAUCACAAGCUCUCUCCCGCUUCCUUAACUACUAUGUGCAGGCAUCUGCCUUUGUUGGGCCGAUCAACCCAGGUUACUGUGACACAGCAUCCUUGCUGGGGAAAAGCUGGAACAAAGCCAUGUUUUCCUGGUCAUGUAUCGAUCAUGACCUUGAUGCCAGACACAGCCACCCCACCUUGGUCCGCACUAUGCCCAUGCCCACGCGUGUUUUGCUGCAUCUCAUGCGGCACUUCCGCUGGGCUCAUGUGGGUAUUGUUUCCUCUAGUGAUGACAUCUGGGUAGAGACCGCAAUUAAGGUUGCCAAUACUUUGCGCAGCCAUGGUAUGCCUGUUGGUAUAGUGGCAUCUGUUGGGAAGGACAUGGCCAGUAUGCGAAAAACUCUAUCGAAGGUCAAGAGAGUGCAAAACCUUCGCUUGGUGGUCCUCUGUAUGCACUCAGUCUUAAUAGGGGGUAAAGAUCAGCAAAUACUUCUUGAGAUGGCCCAUGAUAUGCAGAUGACAGAUGGCUCCAUGGUAUUUGUGCCCUAUGACACUCUCCUGUACAGCUUGCCCUAUCAGAACCUUUCUCAAUAUAUCCUUCCAAACAACAGCAAGCUGCAGCACGCUUAUGAUGCUGUGCUUACAAUCACUGUGGAGUCUCCAGAACGGCACUCGUUUUAUCAAGCUUACAUUGAGGCACAGACGGGUGGAGAGCUUCCCAAGAACAUUAAACCCCACCAGGUGUCCCCACUGUUUGGUACCAUUUAUUCUUCCAUCCUGUUCAUGGCCCAUGCCAUGCAGAGUUUAAGAGCGUCAGGACAGAUGAUGUUUGGUGAUAAUCUGGCCCAGCAUGCACGGAAUCUGACCUUCAAGGGCUUUAGUCACCCUAUUCGCACAAGCCAUUCAGGCUUGGGUGUACUGGAUUAUUUGGUGCUGGACACAGAUGGUUUAUCCUGGGAACUGAAGCCUUGCUACCGUAUAGAGAUGGAGUCGGACAAGGUACACUUCCUUGGCCAUUCGAUUCACUUCCCACAAUCAGGGCCUCCUAAGACUGACUCCCGGUGCUGGUUUACACAAGGAAUCAUCUGUAGUGGAGGUGUGGAUCCUUUCCAUCUGAUUAUUUUCUUCUUCUGUGUUUUUCUACUAAUCUUCGCUUUUGUUGCUUCUGUUUACUUUAUAAGACGAAGACUCAAUCAGAUUCAGUUAGUCCGAGGCCCAAACAAAAUCCUACUAACCUUGGCUGAUGUCACCUUUAUCAACCCAUCGCUGAGUAACAAGAAAAUGAGUUUGGAAGAAAGCAAGACUAGCGAUACCAGAAAAAGCAUCUCAGAACGCAGCCACACCUCUCCUUUCUCUAGUCAAUCUCCAGCCACCUAUGAAAAUUCAAACGUUGCCAUUUUUGAGGGAGAUUGGGCUUGGCUGAAAAGACUUCCUCAUGGAAACUUUCAAAGUAUCAACCCAAGUACCACUGAUGUGUUUGAACUGAUGAAAGACAUGAGGCAUGAGAACGUUAACCCUUUCAUGGGCUUCUUUCAUGACUGUGGCGUCUUUGCCAUAGUGACUGAAUACUGUUCACGUGGCAGUCUGGAAGAUCUGCUGCAUAAUGACGAUGUUAAACUGGACUGGAUGUUUAAAUCUUCCCUCUUGCUGGACCUCAUUAAGGGAAUGAAAUAUCUCCAUCACAGGAAUGUGUGUCAUGGAAGGCUGAAGUCGAGAAAUUGUGUGGUUGAUGGCCGCUUUGUGCUUAAAGUGACUGACUAUGGCUACAAUGAAGUGUUGGAGUCCCAGAGGUUCCCAUAUGUAGAGCCACAACCUGAGGAGCUGCUGUGGACAGCCCCUGAGAUUUUGAGAAGUUCCUUUCCAGGGCUGAAAGGCAGUCUGGCAGGAGAUAUAUACAGCUUCUCCAUUAUCAUGCAGGAAGUGGUAGUGAAAGGGCCACCUUUUUGCAUGUUAGAGCAAUCUGCUCAGGAAAUUGUUCAGAAGGUGAAGAAGCCUCCACCAUUGUGCAGACCCACUGUUUCUCCAGACCACGCUCCUCUUGAAUGCAUCCAGCUAAUGAAGCAGUGUUGGAAUGAGCAGCCUGAGAGGAGACCAACAUUUGAUGAGAUUUUUGAUCAGUUCAAGAACAUAAAUAAAGGAAAGAAGACUAACAUAAUAGACUCCAUGUUAAGGAUGCUAGAGCAAUACUCUUCUAACCUGGAGGAACUGAUCAGGGAAAGGACAGAGGAACUGGAGAUUGAGAAACAGAAGACUGAGAAACUGCUCACACAGAUGUUGCCACCGUCAGUGGCUGAGGUUUUGACUGGAAGCACAGUGAAACCAGAAUAUUUUGACAGCGUCACUGUCUACUUCAGUGACAUUGUUGGCUUUACAACAAUUUCAGCCAACAGCGAGCCAAUUGAUGUGGUGGACCUACUUAACGACCUCUAUACACUCUUUGAUGCAAUCAUCAGCAACCAUGAUGUAUAUAAGGUUGAGACAAUAGGUGAUGCCUACAUGGUGGCAUCAGGUUUGCCUGUGCCUAAUGGGAACUGCCAUGCAGCUGAGAUUUCCAAUAUGGCUUUGGAUAUCCUCAGUGCUGUGGGGACAUUUAAAAUGAGACACAUGCCAGAAGUACCUGUCCGAAUCCGAAUAGGACUUCACACAGGUCCUUGUGUAGCUGGUGUUGUUGGCUUGACUAUGCCCAGGUACUGUUUGUUUGGAGACACAGUCAACACAGCAUCUAGAAUGGAGUCUACAGGGAUGCCAUAUCGGAUUCAUGUUCAUUCCAGCACCGUUAAAAUCCUGAUGGCAUUGAAGGCAGGAUAUAAAGUUCAAUUGAGAGGCAGGAUUGAACUUAAGGACAAAGUUACAGAAGAAACCUACUGGCUAAUUGGGAAAGAAAGCUUCACCAAACCACUACCUGUCCCACCUGAACUAAAAUCAGGGCAAAUGGCACAUGGCUUGCAGAUGGAGGAAAUAGCUGCAUACAAGAGGCGGAAAGCGGAGAAAGAGCUUGCAAAGAAGAAUAACUGAGGCCUGAAAAUAAGGAUUUCAAGUUGAUGCUUCAAAAGGCAGUCAGGAAGAUAUCUGCCGUGCGCCAGGUGGCCCAGGUUACUCUGGCUGAUGAAGGCAACAUCAUGAUACACCAUCACUGACAACCCUCCACCUGUG